GGCCUGUCGGUCGCCUGGUAACGGGCCGCGGCGGUCCUGGCUGCAGCUGCGCAGGCCGCUGAGCUCUGUGGGCCGGAGCCCACGCUGGACUCUUUCUGUUUGUGUUUUGCGAUGGCGGCCGCCGCGGCAGUGGUCACGCCGUCGGGUGUGGAAGAUGGGGUGUCUCGUUCCCGCGGCGAAGGGGUGGGGGAGGUGGUCGUGGAGCGGGGGCCUGGCGCGGCCUACCACAUGUUCGUGGUGAUGGAGGACCUGGUGGAGAAGCUGAAGCUGCUCCGUUACGAGGAGGAACUCCUCCGGAAGAACAACCUGAAGCCCCCGUCCAGACACUAUUUUGCACUGCCUACCAACCCUGGUGAACAGUUCUACAUGUUUUGUACUCUUGCUGCUUGGUUGAUUAACAAAGCAGGACGCCCCUUUGAGCAGCCUCAGGAAUAUGAUGACCCCAAUGCAACAAUAUCUAACAUAUUAUCUGAGCUUCGAUCAUUUGGGAGAACUGCAGAUUUUCCUCCUUCAAAAUUAAAGUCAGGUUAUGGAGAGCAUGUAUGCUAUGUUCUUGACUGUUUAGCUGAAGAAGCAUUAAAAUAUAUUGGUUUCUCCUGGAAAAGACCAACAUACCCAGUAGAAGAAUUAGAAGAAGAAACUGUUCCAGAAGAUGACGCAGAAUUAACAUUAAAUAAAGUGGAUGAAGAAUUCGAGGAAGAAGAGACAGACAAUGAAGAAAAUUUUAUUGAUCUCAACGUUUUAAAGGCCCAGACCUAUCGCUUGGAUAUGAACGAGUCUGCCAAACAAGAAGAUAUUUUAGAAUCCACAACAGAUGCUGCAGAAUGGAGUCUAGAAGUGGAGCGUGUACUACCACAACUGAAAGUCAUGAUUAGGACUGACAAUAAGGAUUGGAGAGUCCAUGUUGACCAAAUGCACCAGCACAAAAGUGGAAUUGAAUCUGCUCUAAAGGAGACCAAGGGAUUUUUGGACAAACUCCAUAAUGAAAUUACUAGGACUCUGGAAAAGAUCGGCAGCCGAGAAAAGUACAUCAACAAUCAGCUCGAGCACUUGGUUCAAGAGUAUCGUGCAGCUCAAGCUCAGCUAAGUGAGGCAAGAGAGCGAUACCAGCAAGGAAAUGGCGGAGUGACUGAAAGGACCAGACUGCUGUCGGAGGUUACAGAAGAACUUGAAAAGGUAAAGCAAGAAAUGGAAGAAAAAGGCAGCAGUAUGACUGAUGGUGCUCCUUUGGUGAAGAUUAAACAGAGCUUAACAAAACUGAAGCAAGAAACUGUUCAGAUGGACAUUAGAAUCGGUGUUGUGGAACACACGUUACUACAGUCAAAACUGAAGGAGAAGUCCAACAUGACUAGGGAUAUGCACGCAACCGUCAUUCCGGAGCCUGCAAUGGGUUCUUAUUAAAACCUGCUGUUUUCUAUGCUUCUGAUUAGUUAGCUUUUUAUAUCAAACCCUAUUUUACAUCACAUGGAUUUCAAAACACAAUUAUACUUCCAGUGAUUAUUUUUAUACACACACACACACACACACACACACGCAUUGUAUCAUGGUGAUUAUGGAUGGUUUAAGCCUUUAAAUUGAAUAUAAUAUUUAAUAAAGUAAUUAAAAAGUUAUCACUUUCAAA